CUUUCAGAGACUCAGCCAACAAAAAUCGAACCAACCAACGUUAUGGAUAAAAUGCGGGUUAAAUUAAAUUUGCUGAGAAAAGACUUACAUAAGUGGCCAAGUCGGGUAGUUGCUGCGUCGUUUAGUUGGUUAAACCCGUUGAACUAUUUCCGGUCACUUAAGUUCCGUAGUUUUAAAAAUACCUUCUUUUGCAGUAAGUCGACGUCGUCAGACUUAGGUUCAGUUUCUUUCUUUUACAUCCUGUUGUCCGGGCAGUCAGACGCAAAUCUUGAACAUGGGUCGUCGUAAAGGUAAAGGGGGCAAAAAAGCUGCCCCUUCUCCAGUUGAGUCCAGUUCCACCCCGCAACCAGGUCCCUCAGGAACAAGACCUGGUUCAAAAAAUCCACCUACCGCAGGAGCUGAUCCAAAAAGUCCACCAGCCGCACGACCUGGUCCAAAAAGUCCACCAGCCGCAGGACCUGGUCCAAAAAGUCCACCAGCCGCAGGACCUGGUCCAAAAAGUCCACCAGCCGCAGGACCUGGUCCAAAAAGUCCACCAGCCGCAGGACCUGGUCCAAAAAGUCCACCAGCCGCAGGACCUGGUCCAAGAAGCUUAUCAAUUGAAGGACUUAGUCUAAAAAGCCCACCUGCUGAAAGAUCUGGUCUACAAAUCCGAUCAGCUGCCGGACCUGGUCCGAAAAGCUUCGCAACCACAGGACCUGGUCUAAAAUGUCCACCUGCUGAAAGAUCUGGUCUACAGAGCCCAUCAGCUGCCGGACCUAAUCCACUAAAGCCACCAACCAGUAUUCAAUCUCCAGUCUGUCCUGGUCCUGCAGAGGUGGAGGGGCCCAGUCUUCAAGCAAGCAAAGCUGAGCAUAGAGCAGCACCAGCAGUCCGUGAACAACAUCCUGGCAAAAAACAAACUGCUGGUACUGAAUCUGGAAGUGACUCACGUCCAACUAAUGUUUUACGUACCAGGCCAGAUCACAUCGAAACUAAAAAAGGUGACGAGGGAACAGCUAUAAGUAUCAAAGCAAACUAUUUCACUGUGGAGACAACACCAAGAUGGUGUUUAUACCAGUACCAUGUAGAUUUUUCACCAGAUGAAGACAGUACUGCCGUUCGGAAGGGACUAAUGCGCGUUCACGCGAAAACGUUUGGCGGGUACUUAUUUGAUGGAUCUGUCUUAUAUACCGUCAAAAGAUUACAUCCAGACCCAUUGGAACUUGUUUCUAUCAGAAGUAAUGAUGAACAAAGGGUGCGGAUUUUGAUCAAGUUGACUUGUGACGUCGCGCCUGGUGAUUAUCACUACAUUCAGAUCUUCAACAUCAUAAUAAGGAAAUGCUUUCAAAUUCUGAAUUUACAGUUGAUGGGCCGCGACUAUUUCGACUCUGAAGCAAAGAUUGAAAUACCUGAAUAUCGGCUACAGAUUUGGCCAGGCUAUAAAACAACUAUUAAUCAAUAUGAAGAUCGUUUGCUAAUGGUAACUGAAAUAACGCAUAAAGUUUUACGGGUAGAUACCGUCCUACAUAUGUUAAACGAAUAUGCUGAUAAAAAAGGAUCCAAUUUUAGAAAAAUAUUCCUGGAAGAUGUGGUGGGUAAAAUUGUUAUGACUGUAUAUAACAAAAAAACUUACAAAAUUGAUGACAUAGCAUGGCAAACCACACCAAAAUGUACAUUUAAAAUACGAGAUGAGAAUAUUACGUAUGUGGAAUAUUAUAAAAAAAAAUAUAAUAUAACUAUCCGUGACCUCCAGCAGCCUUUGCUUAUAUCCAGAUCCAAGCCACGUGACAUUCGCGCUGGGAUGCCUGCACUGGUGUAUCUAGUGCCCGAACUGUGCCAGCAAACUGGAUUGACUGAUGAAAUGAGGAAUAACUUCAAAUUAAUGAAAGCCCUUGAUACUUACACUAAAGUCGGCCCGGACGUUCGUAUACAAAAACUAUUACAAUUUAACAAAAGAUUGAGCCAAAGCCCUGAGGUCGUCAAGGAAAUGACCCAAUGGUCACUUACUUUAUCGAAAAAUUUAGUGAACUUUAAAACGCGCCAACUACCUACCGAAACUAUUAUUCAAGGCGCUAACAUAAAGUACCUAGCUGGAGAUACAGCAGACGGGUGGACACGUAACAUACGGUCAACACCUCUGCUGGCAAUUGCUCAAAUCCCAUCAUGGGUAGUGAUAACUCCAGACAAACUGCGACGUGAAACUGAUGGCUUCAUAGAACUAAUUAUAAAAUCAGCGUUGUCUAUGGGCUUACGUAUGCCUAGGCCGGAAUUCAUGUUAAUAACGUAUGACACUGCGAUAGAAUAUGCCAACACGUGCGAGACAGCUAUAGCUCGCAAAAAUCCAGCGAUGAUAUUAUGUGUCUUAACGCGUAAAGUCGUAGACCGCUAUGAAGCAAUUAAAAAGAAAUGCUCGGUGGACCGUGCUGUUCCUACUCAAGUCGUGUGUGCUCGUAACAUGUCAGCCAACUCCGCUAUGUCGAUUGCUACUAAAAUAGCGAUUCAAAUUAAUUGCAAGCUCGGUGGUGCGCCGUGGAGGGUAGAUAUACCUCUUCAAAGCUUUCAAAUAAUAGGCUAUGAUGUAUGUCACGACACUCGCAGCAAAGAGAAAAGUUUUGGCGGAUUUGUCGCUUCACUUAAUACUAGUUUGACACAGUUCUAUUCUGCUGUCAACUCGCAUAGUUCUGGAGAAGAAUUGAGCAACCAUAUGAGCUUCAAUAUAGGCACAGCCGUAACGAAAUAUAGAAUAAAAAACGGGGAAUUACCGACUAGAAUUCUCAUAUACCGUGAUGGUGUAGGAGAUGGACAAAUUCCUUACGUGUAUACCCAUGAGGUAGAGCAGAUAAAGAAAAAGUUAGCUGAAAUAUAUGGCGGUUCAUCAUAUAAGUUGAUAUUCAUUGUAGUCUCCAAGCGUAUCAACACGCGUAUAUUCUUGGAUCGCGGACUUGGGGAAAAUCCACGGCCUGGCACUGUCGUCGACGACGUUAUUACCCUACCAGAGCGAUAUGAUUUUUAUUUGGUUUCACAAAAUGUCCGGAAUGGAACAAUAUCACCAACGUCGUACAAUAUACUCACGGACACAAUAAAGUGGCGUCCUAGUAUCGUGCAACGGAUGACGUACAAGUUGACACACAUGUACUUUAACUGCUCCGCACAAGUCCGUGUCCCAGCCGUGUGCCAGUACGCGCAUAAGCUGGCGUUCUUGGCAGCAAACAGUCUCCACAACCAGGCACACUACGCACUUACGGAAACCCUAUACUUUCUAUAA